UUAUAACCAUUCAAACGUUUGGUGACCAUUCAAUAGUAUUAUUACAAAAAAACUUUUAUUUGAACAGGUUUGUAACCUCCAUAAAUCGAUGUUGUUACUCAGUUUUAACACCUGGACAAAAAAUUAAUGAAAUCCCUCGGGAAUAUGCGGAUAUACGGGCAUUUUUGCUGACAAACAACAAAUGCUGCGUUCUGAAUUUCGCUCACACAUCAUUUGUCACAGUAAUACAAAUCUAACCUAUAAAUUUAACAACAUAAAAACUGCCUAUAAUAUUGUCUUUCUACUAUCUAAAUGUGUGCGAAAAGUUUAAUUUUCACUAGAAAAUAUAGUGUAGCGACUAAAACAGUUUCCUUCUUUACUACCCCGAUUUAUUAUGUGAACGCCAAGCCCCAUAUUGGCCACCUCUACAGUUCCUUGAUAGCUGAUGCUUCACAGAGAUGGCAAAAACUAAAAAGCCAUAACCAAAAAAUCAUAUUUUCCACUGGUACUGAUGAGCAUGGCACCAAGAUUCAGCGGGCAGCCAAGAUGCAUAAGACAACCUUAAACGGGUACUGUGACGCCAUUUCUAGGGAAUAUAGGGAUUUGGCAGAUAAUUUUAGUGUGGAAUAUAGCGAUUUUAUUAGGACUAGUGAGGUUAGGCACAAGAGUACUGUGCAAGCGUUUUGGGAAAAAUUAGCUAGUAAGGGCCUAAUAUACAAGUCAACUUAUCAAGGGUACUAUUGCGUCUCAGACGAGACUUUUUUAAGCGAGUCACAGCUUAAGGAAGUCGAACAAGAUGGACGAAAACUGUUGGUUUCCACUGAAAGUGGGCACCCAGUAGAGUGGAGUGAGGAGGCAAAUUAUAUUUUCAAAUUGAGCAGUUUUAGAGAGGAUUUAGUUUAUUGGUUAAAGCAAAAUGAAAGAGCAGUGAUUCCUCAAAAAUUCCAUAAAAUCCUGCUGGACCUCAUUAACUCUGGUGAUGCCUUGAAGGACAUCUCAGUGUCCCGUCCAUCAUCCAGGGUCCAUUGGGGCAUCCCGGUGCCAAAUGAUCCGGAUCAAACAGUUUAUGUUUGGCUAGAUGCUUUGGUGAAUUACCUUACAGCGGCUGGGUACACUCACAGUAGUAAGGAGGAUUUUAAUAAAGUGUGGCCUCCUGAUUUACAAGUAAUCGGCAAAGAUAUUUUAAAAUUUCAUGGAGUUUAUUGGCCAGCUUUUCUUAUGGCUGCCGAUCUGGAGCCUCCUCGCUGCAUUCUGUGUCACUCCCACUGGACUGUCGAUGAUGAAAAAAUGUCAAAAUCCAAAAGAAACGUGGUGAAUCCAAUGGAAAAGGGAGAAGUGUACACCAGGGAUGGGCUUAGGUACUUUUUGUUGCGUGAGGGGGUGAACCAUAGCGACGGAAAUUAUAAUGACACCAAGGUCUUGAGACUGUUAAAUGCUGAAUUGGCCGACACCUUAGGCAACUUAUUGAGCAGAUGCUGCGGAAAAUCUCUGAAUCCCAACCAAGAAUUCCCGCGAAUAAAUUUCGAUAAGAUUUCCAGGUUAGAUGUCACCAAACAGCUUAUUAAACAUCUGGAAAAUUUGCCUAAUGUUUGCGCCGCCCACUAUGACGAUUACAAUUUCUACAAAUGCGCCGACGCGAUCGUGGCCACCCUGCACUCGGCCAACUUGUUUUUCGAAUCUCUAAAACCGUGGGAACUAAAAAAGAGUCCGGAAACAAAAGAGGAUCUCGACGCGGCGUUGCACUUGGCCAUGGAAUGUUUGAGGGUCUGCGGCAUCUUGUUGCAACCCCUCACUCCGAAUAUCAGCGAGGCUUUACUGGAUAAAUUGAGUGUUUUGAGGAGCGAGAGGACGUUCGAGGAUUCCAGGAGGUUUUCUUGGGAAAAUCGGGAGUUUUCUGGAAGGAAAUUGGGGGCGGGGUCGGCGGUUUUGUUUAAGAGGAUUGUAUUAGCUGAGGAGAAAAUAAAAAAGGCUCAAAAGGGUUAAAAAUAA